CCCCAGUCGCGCCCUUUAAUUUUCUCCUUUAUUGACCGACAAGUGAAUCCAGAGAAUGCUUGGAAGGAGCAAGACUGCAAAAGACAGAUUGGCAAACAAGUCUCUAUUCUUUCAUGACCAGCUGGUUCCUCUCUUGCCCCCGAUCCCCUCCAAGAUGAGAUACUGUCUCCUAGCUAGAUCUAUUAUCCAGCUCUCCCAGGCCAUUUAGACUUGCAACUACCUAGUUAACUCUGUCGGCGCGCGUUGCGGAGCAUCCUGACGUUCGUCUGUCUACUGGAGCUCGUGCCAUGAUUGAUGCAUCAACCUUCGAUUAACAGAGACAUCUCUGUUUCUAGCUCUCAGUGCAUUGUGGAGACAUAACAUCGUUGCAAUAAGAGUAAUAGAGUUUUUACAACAACCCACACAUUGGCUAGAACAAGGCAAGGGGUAACAACAUUAACCGAUUAAGCAUGAACUUCACAAUGGAGGGCUUGGUGGAGCUAUGGAGCAAGUGGGAAAUCCAAUUGGUGGUACUGCUCAGCUUCACCUUGCAAAUAUUCCUUUUCUUUGGUGGUGGUAUUAGGCGGUACUACACAAACACCAUUCUUAGGCUUUCCAUCUGGCUGGCCUAUGUGGGGGCAGACAUGGUUGCAGUCUAUGCUCUUGGCCUCAUAUCAAAGAAUGAUGAGAAUGCUGCAACAUCAGUUGGAUGCCAUGGAAUUAAGAAUCCAAAUGACAUUGAUUCAAGUCACAACCAGUUAGCUUUCUUCUGGGCACCAUUCCUCCUCAUCCAUCUUGGUGGGCAGGACACCAUGACUGCUUUCUCUGUGGAGGACAACAACUUGUGGCUGAGGCACCUGCUGAACUUGUCCAUCCAAGUCUUCUUGGCCUUAUACGCCUUUUGGAAAUCGACAGGUCGACACAACCUGAAGAUUUUAGCUCCAGCCAUACUUGUCUUUCUUGCUGGAAUCAUCAGGUAUGGAGAGAGGACAUGGGCUCUUAAGUGCGGUAGCCGAGAUGGCCUUAGGGAAACAAGUUGGCAAUUGCAAAAACUGAAUGUUGAAGUUGAUAAGGGAACCUAUGUUGGCACAGUCUUUUAUGGUUUAAGCUCAAUGCCAGGAGUCCGAGAUCUCUUCUCCGGACGCAACGUCUCCCAGAUGAAAGUUCGUGAGGUAUUCAAGUUCCAAGCAGAUAGACCACUGGAUCAAGUGCUCAAGUUGCUAGAGGUAGAGCUUGCUAUGAUGUAUGAUGAUCUCUACACCAAAGCCAUGGUGCUUCGUACAACGAGUGGAAUCAUACUCCGGUGCAUCAGCCAGAUCUCAAUAAUAUCUGCCUUUGUGCUCUUCAUAAUCGCAAACAGCAAACAAUAUUCCAGCAGAGCUGAUGCUGCAAUCACCUACGCGUUAUUCAUCGGCGGCUUUGGUCUUGAAUCUUGUGCUGUCGUUUUGAUGGUCAUGUCACCAUGGACCUGGGCAUUCUUCAAAGCUCGAAAGAAUGAAAUGCUUGCCCAUGUUACUUGGCUUCUUCUCUCGGGUAGUAUUGGUUGGCCGGAGAAGAGGAUAUUGUGGUCAAACUCAAUGGGGCAGUACAACUUUCUGAGUUCGUGUAUAGUCCUUCAUCAACCAAGAACAUCAUCCAAAGUGCUUAUCUUCUUCAGAAAGGUGUUAAGUUCUGUUGAAAAGAAAUUUUUUGUCAGAAAGCUACGCCACACAAAGCAUGUUCAAGUAAACAAGGACAUCAUGGAAAAUGUUGUCACAUGGGUUCAGCGUGUUGCUCGCGAGGAGUUUACUAGACAAACUGAGCAACAACACUGGUCACAUAUUCGUCCAAUUAUCAAAGCUACACUGAACUCCGCCGCUAAUUCUUUUGGUGAUAACAUCAUCCUGUUGCAUACAUAUACAGAGCUGCACCUAAGGAAACGCCCUAACGACGAGGUCAUCAGCACGAAUGGUACAGUUGCAAGCAUCAAUACUAUCAUGGACACAUGCAGAAAGAUAUCAAAUUAUAUGGUCUACCUCUUAGUUGUGCAGCCUUCCAUGUUGCCCCUCAGUGGCACUGCAGAGGAUACGCUAGCAGAAUUUUAUGAGAAGGUCAUCAGGAAUAAUAGCAGCAGCAAGCAGGAUGUUCUGGACACUGCUUAUCAGCUAGUGGAGAAUAUUCUGGAGUUUGGUGACGAGGAAUGUUUGAAAGAACAGGAAGAACCCGGGCUAUGGUGUGAGACAUUGAUUGAGACCAGAGACGUGUGGAUGAGACUACUUAUUUUUGCAGCUGGCAAGUGCCCAGUGGAUCUGCACGCCAAGCAACUGGGAAGAGGAGGGGAGCUUCUCACCUUCGUCUGGUUACUCAUGGCACACUGUGGAAUUGGAGAUGUUGCUCAUCAGGUUGACCUGAUAAGUAGUAACAAUGUUAUGUCAGGGCAGUUUUGUGCGUUCCAUUUUCCUAGUGAGGCAGAACAAUCUAGUGCAUAAAUAGAUCCUGGUAAUAAGCUUAGCAAUCUAAUGGUGAGAGCAAAUUUCUUAGAUGUUGAGGGAACAAGGUGAAUAGGAGCCACUCCAAAAUUCAACCACAAUAACCUCUCUAAGGGGGUGUUUGGGAGAGCUCCACUCCAACUAUUUCAGCUCCACUCCAACAACUCCACCAUAGAGCAGCUCCACCAUGGAGUUGAGGUGGGUGAAAAGAUGUUUGGCUUGUCUAGUCAACUCCAGCUCCUAUUUUUCAAGUAUUUUUAUGGAUGUCCAUUUUUACCCUUUGUUGUUGGGCUGCAGGCCCAUUUUCCUGGAUGCAUCUAUGGGCUGCUUUUGUGUCUUUAUGCGAUGUA